GAUAUCAAGGCAUAUGGGCCUUGAUCGAGGCUAUAGUGAUAGGGCUAUCUAGUAUCUUGAUUCUCCUGGACAUCCGCACAGUCCAUGGGUAUAGUGUAGAUUGUUGUUUUAUCUUUGAAAUUCGCUCACACCAGUAUGAGUACCACGGGCUCAUAAACCACAUACCCUGUCUUGGUGAAACUCAAACUGAAUGUUUUGAGGUUGAAAUGGCUCUUCAUCUUGUCUUUUUGUCAGUUUUUCUUGGGUACUUUUAACUUUGUGGUUUUCACUGCUCACUUUACUUAUCAGUAUACAUUUUUUCAAUGGAUUUAAUACCUAGUAAUAUCAUUGAAUUGACCCAGUUAUGGUUAAGGAUUUUCAUUGUUAGAGCAUUGACAUUCAAAUGCUAGAUCAGAUUCUGGAGCAUUUGACCCAUUGAUACACAUUGCAUCAUCAUCAAAAGAAUAAAAUCAUGUCAACCUACGAGGAGAAGCAUGUGCAGUUCAUCAGCAACCUUCCGGGCACGACGUUCUUGGACAUUGCGUCACUGCUGAUGCAGCUGCCACUAUCGACCCUGGCGGUGGCCACUCUCCUUCCCCUGCUGUGGCCGAAUCUGUGCUUACCGACGAGCAAACUGCCCGAAAGAACGGCCGCACGACUGAGAGCUCUGCUGGAGUUCAGCAUCCUGGUGCUGCCGCUGAUCGGCUCCGUCACUCUCCUGGCCGACCACGCGCUCAGCCUGUGCUCCUUCCUGGCCGCCCUGGCGGCGCUGUCGCCUCUGGCCUGCGCCUCCCGCCGGCCGCUCGCCGGGUCUCUCACGGCCGCCCUGCGCCGCGCCUCCGUGGCCACUCCGCGUCUGCCGUGCAUCACCAAUGCGCGCGCACACCUGCACCUGGCCACGGCGCUCUGCAUCCUCGCCGUGGACUACCGCGUGUUCCCGCGCCGGCUGGCCAAGGCGGAGACGUACGGCGCCGGCCUGAUGGACGUGGCCGUCGGCUACUUCGCCGCGUUCCACGGCCUCACGUCGCCCGAGUCGCGCGCGCCGGCCGGCCGGCGGCGGCCGCUGGCGGCGCGUCUGGCCGACUACUGGCGCUCAGUGCGCGCGGCGCUCGGUCUCGCCGCGCUCGGCGCCGGCCGACUGACGCUGGUGAAGCUCUCCGGAUACCACGAGCACGUCUCCGAGUACGGCGUGCACUGGAACUUCUUCUUUACGCUGGCGAUUGUGAAGCUGGUGGCGCCGCUGUGGCUGGUGGUGCUGCCGGCCGGUCUGAGCGCCGUGCUGGCAGUGCUGGUGGCGGUCCUGCAGCAGACGGUGCUGGACGCCGGCGCUGAGAAAUGGAUCACCGCCGAGGGCCCGCGGGACGGGUCUCUGAUCGAGGCCAACCGGGAGGCGUUUGUGUCGCUGCCCGGGUAUGUUGCGCUGUACCUGCUGGGUGUGGCACUGGGGACGUACCUGCACCGCCCGCGCGCCGGCUGGCUGCGCUGGCUCGGCUGCUGCGUGUCGCUGUUUCUGGUGGCGGCCGGCCUGUGGCGUCUGUCUGCCUGUAUGGACGCCGGUCCCUACAGGAUCUCUCGCCGGCUCGCCAACGGCACCUACAUCGUGGCGUGCGCCGCCCAGGUGCUCGGUAUCAGCUCGGUGUACCUGCUGGUGGACCUGAUCAUCACCCUACUGCAGGCGCUGGGUGUCAUCCCCGCCGGCACCGCCCAGCGCGUGCCCAGUCUAAUGGCCGCCUCUGGCGACAAGGGUCUCGCAUUGUUCUGUCUGGCCAAUCUGGCCACCGGCUGCGUCAAUCUGGCCACCCGGACCAUAGAGGCGUCCGACGCCACCGCCCUGGCCGUGCUCACCGCUUACAUGGCCGUGCUGUGCGCCAUUGUGGUGUGGAUGAAUACGCGACAUCUGUCCGAACAGCCGAGCGGCAAAGGGGGCGCCGAUGGGGAACGGAAGAAGAAGAAAGAGAAAUAGCGCACUAAUUGAUUCCGUGCGUGCAACUGGGGGCGUUAUGUCGUCUGUGAUCAAGUUGUCUAGCCUGAUGCUAGCGCUCAAGGGCUCGUGAAAGUGUUUUAGUGUGUAAAAGCUGAUCGUUGAUUCUGCUUGCUUGUUUUGUUAUUGCACGACCGAACUGCGGCUUUGCUAACGUUAGGUGCUCCCAGAGCUUACCAUGCCUCCAAUGGCUGAAAGUGCAGCAAUGGACCUGUUCAAUGUGAUCAUAACUGUGCCUUCGUUCCGUCCAGUUCGGUGUCUCGCCAUUUGCAUACGAUUCGUCCAUAGUCAUUAUUAUGCUGUGUCAUGUUUGUCAUUUUCAAAUGCAUUCAUGGGCGUAGGAACCUCACGAAAAGUGGGGGGGCCAGCGAAACUUCAAUGUCAGUUUGUGGGAGCCCCAAUACCCCUAUGAAGAAAUUCUUUGCAGUUUUGUGCUCAUCUCACCUUGCUGAAUCAUUUCCUGCGCUUAGUUGUGUAUUUAAAUCAAAAAUAAAGAUUUUACUUUAAAAAAUGGCUGAAAAGUGGGGGGCCAUGGCCCCCCCGGCCCCCCCUGUUCCUACGCCUAUGAAUGCAUUCCAUAACCAUGUUUCAAUUUUUAAAGUGCUUUUACGUCGUUCAGGUAGUGCACUCAGAUGUGUACGGACCACUCGCGCUCAAUGCGUACACCCAUUCUCGCGCUGGGCAUAUCUGCCGUCAUCCCCUGUAUAUUGCCCUCAGUGCUAGAACUUUUGUUUUCAAGUGGCCCGUGCAAACUAGUGGGAUUUACCGGACAGUGUCCAUACCAAGAUUCUAUAUCGUGAGGGUUAACGCACCAUUGUAGGACGGAAAUGACGCAAAUGUGUUGAAUCCUCCUCUCCUGCACUGUUGUCUGCAUCGGGGCACGCUCGUACCGCUGUAAUUACAAAGUCAUCACUUCACAAUGGAGGUUACAUUUAUUCAGGUGAAUACAGUCCAUGCCAAUAAUU